ACUGUUUUAUUAUAAAAUAUUCAAUCUGUAUGCAGAACUUUCAAGCAUACCGAUAUAAGAAAUCGUGUCACUUAAUGUAAAGUUUCAAGUAAACCAAACUGCUACCCCCGCCCCCCCUUUAAAGAAUUUUUCUUGAAUUUUUUGUUCUAACAAUUCAUGGGUAUCUACUGAAAAUAGAAAGAUCGCAGUUAUUUUGAAAUUCUAGUAACGAUGAUUGAAUAGUUGAUGCUACAACUAUGCAGAAAGGCUGUUUAUUUUUCUGACCACACAUGGAUUCCUGACUUCUUGUAAUUUGUUCACGAUGCAUUAAUAAAUGCAUUUGGAGACAUCGGAAGUUACGACAUUAUUAUCAGUGAUGAAGUGAUUGGAAGUUAUGCUGGAUCUGGUUCAUUUGGAGAAUUAGCACUUAUGUAUAAUACGCCUCGUGCUGCUACAAUUAUCGCUAAAACAGAUGGUAUACUAUGGUCUGUUGACAGAACAACAUUUCAACACAUCGUAUUAAGACAAGCAUUUCUUAAACGACAACUUUAUGAAAAUUGGCUGUCUUCAGUUCCACUUUUAGCAAGUUUAAGUGCCUAUGAACGUGCAAAUUUAGCCGAUGCUUUAGGAAGUCAUACUUACGAAGAUGGGGCUUCAAUUAUUCAAGAAGGUGAACCAGGAGAAGAAAUGUAUUUUAUUGAGGAUGGAUGUGUGGAAAUAUCAGCUAAAAACUGUAAAGGAGAAGAAGUUGUCCUCAAACAGUUGCACAAGAAUGACUAUUUCGGCGAACUCGCAUUGAUUCUACAUGUACCAAGGAUAGCUUCAGCUCGUGCAGUCGGCAGAACUAAACUAGCAGGACAAGAAAUAAUCAUGUAUCCUGGUCACCUACCAAGCAAAUCUGAAUCUCAUCAACAUGGAUUUAUCAGUCACCGACAAACUCCUCCAAUAUUGAAUUCAAGCCAGCAGCCAUCACGAAAUCCAGCAGUCUUGUCACCACCAAUUUCCACUGCAAAUCAUUUCAUUUUCUGUCGUCAUGAGAUUUUCCUUUCGAAUAGCCUUAUUGGCUGUGUGAUCGGGAAGGGAGGCAGUAGGAUCAAUGAAAUUCGUGAGAUGUCACAGGCGACAAUUACUAUUUCGCGUCACGAUGAGAAUCGGAUAAUCAGACGAAUUGUUAUUGUUGGCGAGCAGACGUCUGUGGAGAGAGCAGUAGUUCUGAUCAGGGAAAGUAUUGAUCUAUACAAGCAUAUGUUGGGGAUGAAUAGCCAGUAUCCAGUCAACCAAAGUCCUCCUCAUACUAAUAAUGAUCGUGCGAAUGUAUUCGACAGGACUUUGAAUCCUGGGUACUACGGUGUUGGAAUACGGUGUGACCAGCAUCGAAGUGACAGUGUGCAGUCAAACAAUGAACUCAACCAAGUGGAGACUUCACUGCAAAAUGUGAGGGAAUAUUCCACAAAUCCAUGGAACACUCAAGUUAGGGACUCUGAAAUACUCAGAGGAUCGAGGACAGCGAGUGUUGUACGCACAUCACAAGUGGAUACACCAUCAUCCUCAUCACCACCAUCUGAUUUGUCUCGUCCAAUGACACAUUUUUAUCUGAUGUGUGGUGAUAACCGAACUUUACAGGAAAUUGUUAACUUGUUGCAGAUGUUUCGAAUCAAUGCCUGACUGGAUAAGAGGCAGUCAAGUGAAUCUUCUUGUAUCUGGACUUCAAAGUCUUUCCUUUUCUAACUUAUCCUCUCGUUUAUAGAACUGAUGCCUGAUUAUCUUCCGAAGAGUCAGUAACUUGAUAAGAACAUGGUAAAUAUCAUCACGCAUUAUACUUCUAAUUUCCCCUGAUAAAAAAAUAUCCCUGUGUUUCUGUUAACACAAUGUCUUUAUAAUUUGAUUCUCCACUCUAUCCAUAUUCACAAUAAUAAUUUCACGCAUGUAGCCUUUUGUUCAUGAGUAUGAUUCCUACCUUUGUGAACUCUUUCUCUCUGUCAUGAACCCUUUUCAAUUUCCUC